UAAAUUCUUCAGAGGAGGCGAAAACGUCGCGGUUGUCCUCUUUUACUUGCCAUACUGUUCCCGUGACGUAUUUCCUGAGAGACAACAGUGUGAAGAGCUAUGGGUCAAAGUCAGAGUGGUGGUCACGGACCAGGAGGGGGGAAGAAGGAUGAUAAGGACAAGAAAAAGAAGUAUGAGCCACCCAUUCCCACCAGAGUUGGAAAAAGGAAGAAGAAGACUAAGGGACCAGACGCUGCUAGCAAGCUGCCUUUGGUGACCCCUCACACGCAGUGCAGGCUGAAGCUGCUGAAGCAGGAGAGGAUAAAAGACUACCUCCUGAUGGAGGAGGAGUUCAUCCGAAACCAGGAACAGAUGAAGCCCUUGGAGGAGAAGCAGGAGGAGGAGAGGUCGAAGGUCGAUGACCUGAGAGGCACCCCAAUGUCGGUGGGGACCCUGGAGGAAAUCAUUGACGACAACCAUGCCAUCGUCUCUACCUCGGUGGGGUCCGAGCACUAUGUCAGCAUCCUGUCCUUCGUGGACAAGGAUCUGUUGGAACCUGGCUGCUCUGUUCUGCUCAACCACAAGGUGCAUGCAGUCAUCGGGGUGUUGAUGGACGACACAGACCCGCUGGUCACAGUCAUGAAGGUGGAGAAGGCCCCCCAGGAGACGUAUGCGGAUAUCGGGGGGCUGGACAGCCAGAUCCAGGAAAUCAAGGAGUCAGUGGAGCUCCCCCUCACCCACCCAGAGUACUACGAAGAGAUGGGCAUCAAGCCCCCGAAAGGUGUCAUCUUGUACGGCCCACCUGGCACAGGGAAGACGCUGCUGGCCAAGGCGGUGGCGAACCAGACUUCGGCCACGUUCCUGCGGGUGGUGGGCUCGGAGCUCAUUCAGAAGUACCUGGGCGACGGGCCCAAGCUGGUGCGGGAGCUGUUCCGGGUGGCGGAGGAGCACGCCCCCUCAAUCGUCUUCAUCGACGAGAUCGACGCCAUCGGCACCAAACGGUAUGACUCGAACUCGGGUGGAGAGCGCGAGAUCCAGAGGACCAUGCUGGAGCUGCUCAACCAGUUGGACGGCUUCGACUCGCGGGGUGAUGUCAAGGUCGUCAUGGCCACUAACCGGAUCGAGACCCUGGACCCUGCUCUUAUCCGGCCAGGACGAAUCGACCGGAAGAUUGAAUUCCCCCUGCCAGAUGAGAAGACCAAGCGGCGAAUCUUCCAGAUCCACACCAGCCGCAUGACCAUUGCAGAGGAUGUGACAUUGGACGACCUCAUCCUGGCCAAAGACGACCUCUCUGGAGCCGACAUUAAGGCCAUCUGCACAGAGGCGGGGCUUAUGGCUUUGAGAGAACGCAGGAUGAAAGUGACAAAUGAGGACUUUAAGAAGUCCAAAGAGAACGUGCUGUACAAGAAGCAGGAGGGGACACCCGAGGGCCUUUACCUCUAACUGCCUCAGAGUUCAACCCUGCCAGAGCAUACGCUAACAGUGCUUUCUCCCCAUUACCCGUUGAUAUGUUAUGUGCAUGUUAUUGUGUUUUCUUACGUCCAGAUUUGGUUGCUGUACAUAAGGUGAUAUGUAAUAUCAACAAUUUAAAAAAAGUAAAAUUCCAGAAACGGUAUCUUCUGAUUUUUCCAGUUGCACUUUAUUUGAACAAUUCACUUAUAUUUCCUUCUUGUUCCAAGAUGAAGCUGGUGAACAACGAUGAUGUUUUUUGUGCUCAUUUUUACCCACUUUUUUACUGUCCAGCCAAUUGUUCUAUUGUAGACAGAUUGUAUGAAUUCCCAUUAAAUCAAUGCAGUACUGUGUA